UGACAGCGCAUUGGAAUUCCGACAACUCGGCGAUUGUCGUGAAAAUGACAACGAUGUUCAAAUUUGGAUAAAUAACAUUAAAUAAUUAAGUCUUUUUUUUUAAAAAAAAAUCGCGGUUUCUUUGAAACCUGUGACUGUACGUCACACUAUCAUUAAAAGCGCUUUUGUGUGAAAGAAUGCGGAACGUAUAAGAAGUAGAAAAAAAAACUCAACAUCGUGAUUCACAGGACGAAUUCUCUCGUCAGCGUGUGAGCAGUGGUAAAAUGGCUGCGGGAAACGUCAAUACAUUUUCCAUUGAUAAACGACUCUCGUUUUGUAAAUAAGUCCAACGAAAUCGUCAUCAUAUUGGUAAAUGUUGUGUCAGUGAUUUACAAAAAAAUUUCAAUAGACAUCAUUAUUUUGAAGCAUAUGCAACGAGAAUGGCAGAAUUUGUACGAGGAGGACCCAGCGUGUCAAACAGUGUUAAGAUUGAUCACAAUAGUAAGGGAGGAUCACCCAGUACCGGAAGUGAAGAUGGAGGUCCUAAUGAAUCCCUAAAUGCGGAAAACGAAUUUGAUCCAUUUUUAGAAAAUAUACCAGAUGAUCCUCCAGACACGGAAGAGCCAGAUAGUGGAAACAACACACUUUUAACUGCUCCCCCAGAAAACCAAUGGUAUCAUGGACGAUUGGAUAGGUUCACUGCCGAGGAAAGAUUGUGGGACGCGAGUAAAAUGGGAACAUAUUUAGUUCGUGAGAGUGACAGAAAGCCCGGUAGUUAUGUUCUUUCAUACCUGGGACGUACGGGAAUUAAUCAUUUUCGAAUUACAGCUGUUUGCGGUGAUUACUAUAUCGGCGGUCGUCAAUUUAAUAGCCUUUCAGACCUUGUUGCCUAUUAUACCCAUUGUUCAGAUCUGUUGAAAAGAGAACGCCUUAUACAUCCAACACCACCACCUGAGCCUGUCAAUGAUAAGAAACGAAUUGUCGCAAUAUUGCCCUACACUAAAAUGCCUGAUACUGAUGAACUUAGCUUUCAAAAGGGUGAUAUUUUUUUCGUUCACAACGAUAUGGGUGAUGGAUGGCUUUGGGUCACUGCCCAUAGAACUGGCGAGCAAGGCCUAAUUUUUCGUGAACUUGUCGAGGAUUUAGAUGAUUCAAUUGAUCCAAAUACUGUAUUCUCAUGGUUUCAUCCAAAUGUCACGAAAAGCGAGGCUGUCGAUAUGUUAGUCAAAGCAGGACCCGGCAGUUUUCUAGUCAGACCUUCAGACAAUAGCCCUGGCGAUUAUUCUCUUUUCUUCCAUAUCAAUAAUCAAAUUCAAAGAUUCAGAAUUGAAAAGAAAGGUGUACGUUAUUUGAUGGGCGGUCGAACUUUCGAAUGUCUAGACGCUGUUAUAAACAGAUAUCGAAAGGAGCAGAUAGUGGAAGGUCACACAUUAGUUCAAGCGAUGGUGACGGAACCCGAUGGCAGUGUUCGUGUUAAUAGAGAAGUGCAACACGCCGAGAAAAUAUACGCAACCUUACGAGAGUGUCGAGAACAAUCUGGAGCAAAGAAAAAUAAGGGAAUUAAAAUGCAAGGUUAUUUAGAGAAGAAAUCAGAGAAAAAUAAAAAAUGGAAGGCAUUGUAUUUUGUACUUCUCGUUGAUGCUACCGAUACUCAUUUAUAUUUAUACGAUAAUCCUAAACGAACAAAGCCAAAGGGCCUCAUUGAUUUAAGCUGCGCUUAUUUAUAUCAGGUUCAUGAGAGUGUUUUCGAUAGACCUCACUGCUUUCAAUUGGUAGAGCGAGCUCUUCCCUGUUUAGCAACGAUAACAUAUUUGGCAGCACCAAAUUCUGAAAACGCAUCAGACUGGAUCAAUGCUUUAAAACCAUUGUGUGUUUCACAAUUAACACGUGCGCCAAAAGUCGCUCGUUUACGUGAAUUGCGCUCAUUGCAUUUACACAUUCUUGACGCACAUCGACUUCCAUAUAAAUUGGUGCCGAAUCCAUUUAUUAUUGUAGCUUUAAAUAAUGUUAAAGUUGCCCGCACAAAAGUUAAGACUGGAUUACAUCCCCUUUGGGAUGAAGAAUUUAUACUCGAAGAUGUACCACCGGAUGUGAUGUCAUUUUCUCUAACAUUAUACAAUAAAGGAAAACGAAGUAAAGAUACCGAGGUGGCUGAACUGACAGUCGAUCUAUCAAGUCUGACUAAUGGAGAAGAAAUGGAUGAGUGGUAUCCAUUAUCUGGCGUUACACCACUUGGAGAAUGGGGAGCGUUACGUUUGCGUUUAAGAUACCGACACGAUUUGGCAAUGCCACCAGAAGAAUACAGUCCAUUGCAACAAUUGUUACUGGAUCCGGAAUUACACGUUGUCAGGGCAUUAGCUGAUGUUUGUCAUUUGGAUCGUGUUCCAUUGGCAAAUAGUCUUCUCAGAAUAUUUAGGCACGACAGAAAAGAAGCCGAUCUUCUCAAGUCUUUAAAUCAGGCAGAAGUCGAUAAAGAAGACGAAACACCAACACUAUUUAGAGCUGCAAGCCUUACGACAACAUUGAUGGAUCUUUAUAUGAAAUCAGUGUGUACGUCAUUCUUAAAAGCUGCUCUACGUGACACAAUAGUCAAAUUAAUCGAAAGUAAACAAAGCUGUGAAUUAAAUCCUACAAAAAUGGACUCGCCAGAAGACGCUUGCAAUAAUGCUGAAUUUUUAUUACAAGUUUUGGAUGAAGUAACUUUGAGCAUUUUUACAAGCCCUGAUGCAUGUCCUAAAACAUUAAGGUACAUUUGCGGUUGUUUACAAAGAGCAGUAGUUUCAAAAUGGCCUCACGAAAGAUUGGUCAGAACAAGAGUCGUUAGCGGUUUUAUAUUUUUACGUUUAUUGUGUCCAGCAAUUUUAAAUCCAAGAUCUUUUAAUCUUAUCGCUGAACCACCACCGCCUGCUGCUGCACGAUCCUUGGUUAUGGUUGCAAAAUGUCUACAAAAUUUGGCAAAUUUAGUCGAAUUCGGUGGUAAAGAACCGUAUAUGGAAGUUGUUAAUCCAUUUAUUCUUAAAAACAAAGAAAGAAUGGUCGUAUUUUUAGAUCAAUUAUCUAAUAUUACGGAGAAACCAGAUUCUGAGGGCACAGAUCCAAGAGGAAAAUGUGGUUCUGACACGGCAAGAGAUUUGGCAACUUUGCAUCAUAUUUGUGUAUCACAUUUAAAAGAGCUACAAGCUUUGUCAAAAACUCAGCCCACAAUCAAACAAUUGGUAACUGUGACGGAAAUGUUGAGCAAACACAAACAGAAAUAUAUGGAAAUGAUACGGUAGUGCUGAAGCCAUAAACCAUCGAUAAAAUGCCAAAACGCGACAAAAUAGUUAACAAAUCAAUAUCGACAAGUUAAACAUAGUAGUAUUUAAUGAUAAAUAUGAUUAAUUGGUUUAACUAAAAUUUUAACAGACUGACGUGCCAUAUAUUAUUGUAUACACACAAGCCUACAUUUACUAUUUACUUAUGUAAUUAGAAUUUAGUUUAUACAUUAUAUAGCAAAAGUAACAUAACAGUGAUAUAGCAAUUAUUAUAUAGGCAUAUGACAAUUUUAUAUUCACUUAGGUGCUCGAAAAUAAAUAUAUAUAAAUCGAAAUAA